AAAUGUUCACCUCAGAUGCUGCUUUCUAAACAAAUUCAUGGUUAUUUACCACCUAUGUGCACACAGUGCUUUUCCCUUUAUUCGUGUGUAUUGUGUAGCUGAGUACAGAAUGUGAUUUGUGUGUUUUAGUCCUUCAGAGAGGAGCUGGAUGUGUUGAUUCAGGAGCAGAUGAAUAAAGGAGGAAGCUCCUCUAAUCUGUGGGCUCUUAGACAGAUCGCAGACUUCAUGGCCACUGACGGAUCCCCGGCCUCGCUGCCCGUCUCUCAGUCCACCGUGAGCAUGCUGACCCCCAUUAACGAUCUGCACGGAUGGGACCCGGGCUCCAUGGUGAAGGGCGAGAGACUGAUGCGCUGCAAGCUGGCCAGUGUUCACCGUCUGCUGGAUCUGUACGGCUGGACACAGCUGCCCAACACCUGCCUCACAAUGCGUGUUAGUAAAGAACAGGAACAUUUCCUCGUGCUGCCGGAUGGUUUGGCCUACGGCGAGGGGACCGCCUCCAAUCUGGUGAAGGUGAAUAUUCUGGGGGAGGUUGUGGAGAAAGGCAGCACUGCUCUGGGAGUGGAUCUGUCUGCGUUUGCUCUGCAUUCUGCCGUAUAUUCAGCUCGACCGGACAUCCGCUGCCUUCUGCACCUCCACACUCCAGCCACGGCUGCGGUAUCAGCCAUGAAAUGUGGCCUUCUGCCGCUAUCCCAUGAGGCUUUGCUGGUGGGCGAUGUAGCUUAUUAUGACUAUAAUGGAGUGAUGGAGGAAGAAGAGGACAGAGUGGAGCUCCAGAAGAGCCUCGGCCCGACAUGCAAGGUGCUGGUGUUGAGGAACCAUGGCAUCGUGGCACUGGGAGAGUCAGUGGAGGAGGCCUUUUACACAAUCUACCACAUCCAGACCGCCUGUCAAAUACAGGUGGCAGCACUGUGCAGCGCUGGAGGAGAACAGAACCUGAUCAUGCUGGAACGCAGCGUUCACCGGCCCGUCGCCACAGGCACUGUGGGUUGGGCCGGAUCCACCUUCGGCCCCAUGCACAAGAGCAGGCUGGGAGAACAUGAGUUCGAAGCAUUGAUGAGGACGCUGGACAAUCUGGGUUACCGUACAGGUUACGCCUACCGUUUCCCAGUGAUGCUGGAGCGCUCCAGAACCAGGAGAGAGGUGGAGGUUCCUGCCACCGUCACCUCAUUUUCCUUUCAUGAUGAUGGAUUUCAGCCUCACCCUCGUCUCCAUCCUCACGCCCAGAGACAGCAGCAGAAGACCAGAUGGCUAAACACCCCAAACGUCUAUCAGAAAGUCAGCCAGGACCAGUGGCAGAAGGCCGAGGAAAUCAUGCAGGGCAGUGGACGGGCCAUUAAGAUAGAGAAUCCAAACCAGUUUGUCCCUCUGUUCACCAACCCACAGGAGGUGCUUGAGACUAGAAAUAAGAUACGGGAGCAGAAUCGUCAGGACAUGAAAACAGCCGGACCUCGGUCUCAGGUGUUAGCUAGCGUCAUCACAGACAACAGUCCACCGACUCCAGAGGCUGUGGGGCCUCCAGCCGCUCCGGAGCCGGAGACUCCGAACCCCUUCAACAAACUGACGGAUCAGGAGCUGGAGGAGUACCGCAAGGAGGUGCAGCGCAAGCAGGACGGUGUGGAGGAGGUAGUGAAUGACACGGGGGCCUCCCCCAGAAAGACCCCACCGUCAGAAGCGGUGCAGAACGAUAAAGGUGAUGAAAAGAAACAGCAGGAGGAGCUAGAAAAACAAAUGAAGGCACUAUCCACCACUGAUGCGUCGGAAACCACGCCCUCGGCCCCGCCCCCGACUCCACCCACUGCCCCGCCCAACAAACCCGCAGGCCACACCCCAGAGGGCUCACCUUCCAAAUCUCCAUCCAAGAAAAAAAAGAAGUUCAAAGCUCCCUGUUUUCUAAAGAAAAGCAAGAAACAAAAAGAGAAAGCAGAAUCUUGAACUCUUACAGACAAGUGUUCGUCACACACACAAACACAUCUCCACAUCCAGUCAGACUCACUGUGUGUCCAUUUACUGACCUUUACAUGCCAUACGAGUUGUGUAUGCGAUGCAAAUUUCACAAUGCUUCACUGAUGCACAUUGAAUAUGUGACCCUUCCCUUGCUUUAAAAUGAAUUGCACUGAGUACAUGCGUAGAAAAAAGAAUGUGGCACUAAGCAUUGAUUCUUCAUGUCUAUCGAUUCUGAUUGUUGCUCAUUAUCAUGUUUAUAGAACUACAUGUGGCAUUUUUUUAACUACCAUAAACAUCUCCAUCUCACAUUGUUGUGAAUAGCAGGGAUGAACUAAAUGAACAAGUACCAUUCACUGGAAAUCAUGAUUGCGAUGGCUUGCAAAUAAUAAACAUCAACAGGCCAAAAUAAGCAAGAUCAUGGCUUGAUGCUGCAAAGAAAAUCCAACUUUAAAUGCACGACUUGUUUUUCUUCUUAUAUUGUUAUUAUUUAUUAUCUUUUUUUAUGUAUGUGUGCUUUGCAGUUGGAAUUAUUUUUAUGAUCAUUCACGGUUAUUUAAAUGCUGUUGUGUGUAUAUUUGCUGGUUUAUAAACUUGAUUCCAUGUCAAUAUUAGAAUGUAAAAUGCUAGGAUUGGAUGUACCAUUCAUUAAA